AUGUCAAUAAAACCCAGGGUCCUCAUAGGUCUGACCUGGACCAGGAUCCUUGAUCUGUGGUACAAGGCGAUCCAAGGUGCUGAUCAUGCAGGCAUCAAAAGUCCACCCGACAACAACCCCAUUAAUCCUCUUUCCACGACACUUUAUCACUCCUCUUCAGAGACAAUGAGCUACGGCGGUGGUUACGGUGGUGGCCGUGGAGGCGGCGGCGGCUACUCCAACGGUUACGAUCGACAUGAACGCGGCGGACGUGAUCGCAACGGCGAUGGUCAGAAUGGCGGCGGUUACAGCAACGGCGGCGGCUACGGAGGUGGCGGUGGUGGUGGUGGCUACGGUGGUGGAGGUUUCGGCGGCGGUGGUUUCGGCGGUGGUGCCGGCGGCGACAGAAUGUCCAACCUUGGAUCUGGACUGAAGACUCAAAACUGGGAUCUUUCUACCAUGCCCAAGUUCGAGAAGCAUUUCUACAAGGAGAACCCCGAGGUUGCCCAGCGCAGCAGUGCUGAGGUCGAUGCCUUCCGUCAGAAGCAUGCCAUUACCGUGGCCGGCACAGACCUUCCUAAGCCCGUUGAGACUUUCGACGAAGCUGGAUUCCCUCGCUACUCCCAGGGCUGGCCCAUGGCCCUUUCUGGACGCGAUGUCGUCGGUAUUGCCGAGACCGGUUCCGGAAAGACGCUCACAUACUGCUUGCCCUCCAUCGUUCACAUCAAUGCUCAGCCUCUCCUCGCCCCUGGAGACGGCCCCAUCGUGCUAGUCCUAGCGCCUACGCGUGAGCUUGCCGUCCAGAUUCAACAGGAAAUCACCAAGUUUGGUCGGUCGUCGCGCAUCCGAAACACUUGUGUGUACGGAGGUGUGCCCAAGGGACCCCAGAUCCGCGAUCUUAGCAGGGGUGUUGAGGUUUGCAUCGCCACUCCCGGCCGUCUCAUUGACAUGCUUGAGGCUGGAAAGACAAACCUUCGUCGUGUCACAUAUCUCGUCCUCGAUGAGGCUGAUCGCAUGCUUGACAUGGGUUUCGAGCCCCAGAUCCGCAAGAUUAUUGGCCAAAUUCGACCCGACCGUCAAACCCUCAUGUGGUCGGCCACCUGGCCCAAGGAGGUUCGCGCCCUCGCGACUGACUUCCUCAGCGACUUCAUCCAGGUCAACAUUGGCUCUAUGGAUCUUGCCGCCAACCACAGGAUUACCCAGAUCGUUGAAGUUGUAUCAGAGAUGGAGAAGAGGGACCGCAUGAUCAAGCACCUCGAAAAGAUUAUGGACAACAAGGAAAACAAGUGCCUCAUCUUUGUCGGCACGAAGCGUGUAGCGGACGACAUUACUCGUUUCCUUCGCCAGGAUGGCUGGCCCGCUCUGUCUAUCCAUGGUGACAAGCAACAGAACGAGCGUGAUUGGGUUCUCGACCAAUUCAAGACCGGAAAGAGCCCCGUGAUGGUGGCUACGGAUGUCGCGUCGCGUGGUAUCGACGUUCGCAAUAUUACCCAUGUGUUGAACUACGACUACCCUAACAACUCUGAGGAUUACAUCCACAGAAUCGGUCGUACUGGUCGUGCCGGCGCCAAUGGCACGGCCAUUACCUUCUUCACCACCGACAACUCUAAGCAGGCUCGUGAUCUUGUCAAUGUUCUUGCAGAGGCCAAACAGCAGAUUGAUCCUCGCCUUGCGGAAAUGGCCCGCUAUGGCGGCGGCGGCGGCCACGGACGCUUCGGCGGUUACCGUGGUCGCGGCGGUCAUCGCGGUGGUGCCAAUGCCAACAACAUGCCUCUGUCCAAGAGGCGCUGGUAA